ACGUAAACAUAAUAUAGUAUGCAAAGGAUAUGGCUAAAAACAAAGCACCCACAACACGAGGAGAAGCUGGGAAUCAAAACAUAAACGACCUAAAACUAUUCCCCUUUUGUUUGGACCAAAACAGACAAAGAAAGAAGGUGGACAAACAAUUGCAAUAAACCAAUUAGAAUACACAUAAAAAGGCGACAAUGAAAAAGUGAAACAGCAUAGAAAUCUCGUAAUCUUCAAAAUCUAAAAUCGAAAAAAAUCAAAAACAAACAAAAGUUCCAAUAGUUCCCGAGCAAAAGCCAUAAAAAUAAGACCAACAAAAUGCUGCAUGCCUUCAAAAGAAAAUUUCGAACAAUUUUGCAACGUUGUAUCCUAUUGGCCAUACUGGCGACCAUUUUUAUGCUAAUUGUGUCCUACAUGAAUUUGGAGUUUUGUUAUAAAAUUAUGUCACAGAAUAGCCUCACCUAUAUGUGUAAAAAAUAUAAAAACUACGAAUACAGUGGCACCCUGUGCGAAGAGUUGUGUACCAAUGAGCAAUCCUUUAAAUCCUUCAAAUGUCCCCAGGCAGAUAUGGGUACCAUCAUGUUUACAGCUGAGAAGAACGGUGAUGUCUAUGCGGUUAAGCUGGCCCGCCACAUUAAAGAUGACCUUAGUUGGAUAGAUAGCCGAGGCAUGCAAGUGUAUCCGAAAAUUGAAAACUUCCAUCACAUUGUUAAGAUGCACAUUACCCUUACGUAUAAUGUGACCUUGGAUGAUAAUAUGAUUAAAGCCCUGGUCAAUCAGGAAAUCGACAAAAAUAAUCCCCAACAAAUGCUGAAUUUCUGGCGUCUCUUUAAGGACAAUAACUAUAUGAUGAGCAAACUCUACGAUGAGGAUAGUCUAUUUCCAACUGUGUUGGGAUCGUGUGGUCCGUAUUAUGCUACAGAAAGUUUGAAUAUUUUGAAAACGGAGCAGAGUUUACUGCAAUAUGUAUCAUCGGAUUGGCACAAACGUCUGAAGUAUGCCUUAAGUCUAAUGGAAUUUGUCUUUAAAAUGGAUGAGAUGAAACCAGAGCCCCUGAGAAUGUGUAAAAUGAAAAUAAGUAAUUUUGGUGUGACGGGAGAUAACAGAAUCAAAUAUGAAAAUGCUGAACACGUCUAUGUAGAAACGAAAAUCGACAAACGUUUAUCGGAUGGUUCACCCUGUGAAGAGGAUGCCGAUUGUAAUUUCCACUAUUGCAUGGGCAAAUGUGAUACCAAAACAUCCACAUGCAACGGUGUACAACAAAAUAAUAAUCUACAAAUAUUCUGUGAUAAAAUUCUCAAAGGUGGUGGUCUCUUUCCAGGACUACUGGCUUCGGCCAAAACACCCAAGAAUCUAAUGAAAAUGGUCAAAAAUUGCAUUGAUCCAUCCAAGUUUAGUAAUCUGCAUGUGGCCGGUCGAUCGUAUGCUCCCAACACAGAAUUGGCCCUACGUUUGUACAAUGAAAUGAAACGUUUGCACAAGGUCGACUCCAAGGAGGCGGUGGUGGGCACCAAUUAAAACAAAUCAAUUGAAAUUAAAGAGCAAUACAAUGACAACAAUUCCUUUUAGCAGAGAAACAAUGGACGUGGGGAGGGGUUUGGCUCAAAGCCAUUUAAUAACCCCUUAUCUCAUGCAUUCGAUCAACAAUUAUGAAACAGCAACACAUAUGUUGUAAUCUACUUUAUCAUGAAAUACUUUAAUUAUUCUAUGAAGAAUAUUGAAAAACAACCCUCCUUAAUAUUUUAAUUAGGUUUAGUAUAGUGCAACUAGAAAAGUCUAAUCUUAACGCUCACCUUUUUUAACGGCUAUUAUAAGAACAAAUGAAUAAAUAAAUCGCAUAAGAAAUCAUGU